GUGCUUCCUCCCGUCCCGUCCCGUCCCGUUGCGCGGCCGGGCGGAUGAUUCAUUUGCACACGCAUCCUCAUCCUCAGGCAGAUGCAGACCUCCAAACCAACAACCCCAGAACGAUCCAUCUGCGCGCGAGCUCCUCCGCCUCCGCGGCUCCCUCUCCUCCUCGAUCAAUCAUUCAUUCGUGGCCCACCUUCCCAUCGCAGCCCCCCUCCGCCGCGCCGCGCCACCUUCCACGCUCGCACAUGCAGACCCGGCCGCCAGCGCGAGCCAUGGCGGCCGCCUAGCCCUCCAUCGCGCGCACAUGACAGAUAGAUAUAGAUGACGACAGACACGGCGUAGGUCGUAGAGCGAUUAGUUCCUCUUCCUCAUACUAUAUAUAUAGGCAUAUAGCCGCCGGCCGCCGGAUGAUGACUAGACAGCAACCGCAGCACCAAGCAGGCGGCCUGCUGCUCCGUUCGCUAGGACUAGGAGCAGGCGGCGGAGCCGGAGGAGGUGCCCGCCGGGCGGGGGCCAUGAAGUCGGCCACCUCGCUCCUCCUCGGCGCCGCGCUCGCCACCGCCUUCUUCCUGCUCUACACCUCCCUCUGCCGCGACCUCGUCGGCGCCGCCGCGCCCAGCAGGUCAUCAGCCACCCCGGCGCCGCGGUGGGAGGAGCAGGAGACCAACACGACAGCUGCGGGGGUUGCUCCUCACCAGCAGGAGGGCACCAAACAUGUGGCUGCGAGUAGCGGCGACGCCGAUGGUGACGACGACGGCGCCGCCGCCACAACAGAGGAGAAGAAAGGUCAGAGCGAGAAGCAGCAGCCGCGGUUUGUGAUGCCUGCCACGUCAGCCCAGCUGCAGCAGCAGAAGAAGAAGAAAAGUUCACCACCACCGUCCCAGGAUCUAGCGGACCUACUCCGGCGAGCGGCGACGGCGGACAAGACGGUGCUGAUGACGGCGAUCAACGAGGCAUGGGCAGCGCCAGGUUCAUUCCUGGACCUGUUCCUGGAGAGCUUCCGGCACGGCGAGGACACGUCGCACCUUCCGCGGCACCUGGUGAUCGUGGCCAUGGACGCCAAAGCCUUGGCGCGGUGCACCGCCGUGCACCCGUUCUGCUACUGGUUCCGCGCCGGCGACGGCAAGGACUUCGCGGCGGAGCAGAAGUACAUGAAGGGGGACUACCUGGAGAUGAUGUGGCGCCGGAACGCGCUGCAGCAGGCCGUGCUGGAGCUGGGCUACAGCUUCCUCUUCACGGACGUGGACAUCCUGUGGUUCCGGCCGCCGUUCCCGCGCCUGCCGCGGGGCGCGCAGGUCGUCAUGUCGUCCGACUUCUUCGUCGGCGACGUCGACUCGCCCCACAACUACCCCAACGGCGGGCUCCUCUACGUCCGGUCGUCGCCGGCCACCGUGGGGUUCUACCGCCACUGGCAGGCGUCGAGGGCGAGGUUCCCGGGCCACCACGAGCAGUACGUCUUCGACAAGAUCGUCAAGGAAGGGUCGUACGCCGCCGCCGCCCCCGGCGCCCGGGUGCAGUUCCUCGACACGGCCGUCUUCGGCGGGUUCUGCCAGCACGGCGACGACCUAGGGAAGGUGGCCACCAUGCACGCCAACUGCUGCGUCGGGCUGGAAAACAAGCUCUUCGACCUCAAGAACGUGCUCCAGGACUGGAAGACGUACAGGGCGCGCGCCAGAGCCGGCAACGCGCAGGGAUUCUCCUGGCGGGUGCCCGGGAGAUGCAUACACUGACUGGAGGGGUUGAGCUCAUUUCUGAUUGUUGGCCAGAUGCAACAGCUGUAGCUCAUUUGUUUUUCUAGUGAGUACAUAUACAUGCGAAGCUUUUUUUUUUUUGUAAUGUAUAUAGAAUUAUUAUAUUAUUAGUGACGCAAACACCACCAUAUUUCAUUC